AUGGGUAUCGAAAGCGAAGAUAAAGCAGAGUAUCAAAAACUUGAAUAUAUAAGCGUUAACAGAUUAAUUAACUAUUUUGAUGACUUAGAUGAAUUGAAAGAAGUGUGUUCGAAUUUUGUAGAGUGUUUCAAAAAGGAAGAAACAACACCAUAUGACCACAAGAAUUACGAUGAGUUAAUAGAAAAAGAAUUAGACUUAGUUUACUUAAUUCAUAAUCUAUCUGAAGGGAUGAUACAUGAGUAUAAAGAUGUAGAAGAGACAUAUAAGAGAAGAGCGUUUGAAAGAGAAUUUGAUAAACAGAUGAUAACGAAUGAACAACUAACGAAAAAACCAAAAAUACCCAAAGAAGAUUAA